UAUUUUUUUAGCUCGGCCUCGGAGACAGUCUCGAGCAGUGAGUACUAUGAGGAGGAGGACGACCAGCUGCUAGAUGCCGCUAAUGGGUACCAGGUGGCAGCACCACCGCCGUACGUUCCGAUCCGACACUACGAUGUCAACAAGCAGCGUUACUUCUCCAGCAGGGGUGGCGUCGGAAACUACGGUCAUCAUCAGCAGCACCAGCAGCAUCACCAUCAGUACGGUUCAGCGUUUAUCCGCCGCGGCAGCACCAGCGGACUCGUAGACCUCCGGCGCUCCGAGUUACCACGUGAGUGGCACGGCGGUGGCGGAUGUGAGGAAUCGCCAUUCUACCGGAGAGAGAACUACCACCACAACCAUCGCAACCGAACCGACCAGCACAGCAAUUUCAUAAUAAUGUCCAAUGAAAGUGGCGCAGACGCCGAACGAGCCUUGAAAACGCCCCCCAAUCCCGGCGUCGAUGGAGGCUUCACCAACACAGGCGCACCGUUUACAGCAAGCAUUGCUGGCGGUGUCCCACUGGCUUCGGGAGAGAAUGGGCCAUCGAGUCAGGUCAGUGGUUUACAAACAACUCCAAGUAAAGGAACGUUCGGUGCUAGCGCUGCGGCUUCUGUUCUAGGCCAACAGGCGGGUGAUAAUAAUAACAAUAAUAGCAACGGCCAUAAGGAGGCCAACGAAAGUGAACCAACGCCUUUGCCUCCGAAGCCGAAGCCAUUAAUCAAGAGCAAGGGAUCGGUGUCCCCGUUACCGUUGAAGCGAGCAACACCAGCAGCCGCUAAUAAGCCUUCGACGCCCAUACGAGAUAUCAAUGGCAAUGGCAACUUUGAUGGCAGUCCAUUAGCGGAUGGCGACCCUUUAGGACCUAUAACAGCGGAUUCAACUGGUAAUGGACCACCGGGAAGCAGUUUCCGGCAACCGACAAAUCCGAACGCUCCGACGCGUCCUGUCGUCGGUGGGAUAAAACCACGCAAAGGUGGCUGGAAGUCCCGACCGGACGCUGAUUCGUUCAACAACAAUAACUUCUCGCCAACGGACGACGACGACAGUGGCUCCGCGGCACCUCGGAACGUGCCCGUUAAUCCGGUCAUAAACAGUAACGUGGUUGUUAAUCGUGGUAAAAUCGGUUCUAGUGGCGGUGGUGCUAUCGGUGGUGGUGGCCGUGGAGGUUGGGGUGCAAAUCAACGACGCCAGGUGACCUCCGCUAGUCGAGUGCAAAGUCCUUCGGGGGCCGGUGGAAUUCCCCCAGGGGCACCCGUAGUGGGAACAGGUGCGGCACCAGUGCCGCCCUCUAUGGACAAUCAGAGUGAUCAGUCUUCUUCGCAGCCACAGCAACCGACGACUCCGGUUCAUCCGGCUAUCGGCAUUGCGGGGCGUAGUACCUCGCGCACAGAUCUUUCCUUCGAAAACAUCCCUGGUCCGUCCGGCUUACUGCCGCACAACCCGGGCGUACCCGGCACCAUCGGGGGCAAUCCGCAAUCUAGGUAUUCAAACCUGUCGUUCUGGAAGGCCAGAAGGGUGCUGUUCUACCGGAAUGGCGACCCCUUCUUUCCGGGGGUCGAGUUUCGCUUCAAACCGGGGCGUGACAUUUGCACACUGGAAGCGCUCCUGGAUAAGAUCUCCGCCCGGAUGGAUCUGCCCCGGGGCGCUCGCUACAUCUUCUCCAUGGACGGCGACCGGAAAUACUCGCUCGACGAGCUGGAGGAUGGUUCCAGCUACGUGGUGUCCUCGUUCAAAGUGUUUAAGCCCGCUAGCUAUGGUAAGAAAAACGGCGUAUGGUACGCAUCGCCCGGCAACCAGGGCUGGGGAACCGGGAGCCGUCUGAGUCGCAAGCCCUCUGUCACCGAAGUGGACAACAUGCCGUCCGGCAGUCUGAAGCCGAGCGCCGGACGGGUCAUUCGGAUUAUCAACAGUCAUGAUCAUAGUGUUCAAUGCCGCGUACUGCUAAACCUCCGCACAUCGCAACCCUUCGAGGAGGUCCUGGAGGACCUUGGCCAAGUGUUGAAGAUGAUCGGCGCCAAAAAGAUGUAUACCAGCAGCGGGCAGGAGGUGCGUAGUUUCUCUCAGCUGCGCAACGAGUUCGCCGAGGUGGACACCUUCUACCUGAGCAAUACCCCCUCGCUUCCGGUUGGUGCCCUCGGGCCGGGUGUGAUUCCUCCCUCCCCCGCCCGACGGUCCCGCUCCCGACUGGGCGGUUCCGUACCGGAUGAUCUAUCGAAAACCGCCCGUCAGCGGGCACGCAGCAAAAGCAGACCCCGAGUGCUGUACGCACCGGAAAACGAACUGGUUAGGGCGUCGUCCGAUUACCCGCUGCUAGAUGCCAUGAAGGAGGAACCCACCCGCAUCACAAUCCGGGGGUUGAGGCGCACCUUCUACCCCCCAGCGCAUCAUCCUCCGGUGGAUAAUUCGCCGCCGGAUAAGAAGCUUUCACUAUUCUGGGUGCACGGUUAUCGUGGAAUCGACUCAAAACGGAAUCUCUGGGUACUGCCGUCGGGCGAACUAUUAUACUACGUUGCAGCCGUGGCCAUUUUAUACGACCGGGAAGAGGAAGCACAACGGCAUUAUACAGGACACACAGAAGAUAUCAUGUGCAUGGAAGUGCACCCAUCACGGGAGCUGGUAGGCUCUGGCCAACGUGCCGGCCGCGACCGUAAGUCCCAAGCCCACGUCCGCAUCUGGAGUACGGAAUCCCUCCAAACGCUGUACGUCUUCGGCAUGGGCGAGCUGGAUUCCGGCGUCAUCGCGGUGGCAUUUUCACAACUGAACGGCGGCAGCUACAUCCUGGCGGUGGAUGCCGGUCGCGAGAGUAUACUGUCGGUGUGGCAGUGGCAGUGGGGGCAUCUGCUCGGCAAAGUGGCGACACUACAAGAAGGCAUCUGGGGCGCGACAUUCCACCCGCUGGACGACAAUCUAUUGAUCACACACGGCAAGGGGCACCUAGCGUUCUGGCACCGUCGGAAGGAUGGCUUCUUCGAGAAGACCGACAUUAUCAAACCGCCAUCGCGAACCUUUGUCACGUGUGUUCAGUUCGAGCCGGACGGUGAUGUCAUCACGGCGGACAAUGACGGUUUCAUCACAAUCUACAGCGUCGACGCCGACGGGGCGUACUUUGUUCGAAUGGAAUUCGAAGCUCACAAUAAGGCCAUCUCCUGUUUGGUGAUGCUGUCGGAGGGAACGCUUAUUUCGGGUGGUGAAAAGGAUCGCAAGAUUGCUGCGUGGGAUUCGUUGCAAAACUACAAGCGGAUCACAGAUAUUAAGUUACCGGAGACGGCAGGAGGCGUUCGUACGAUCUACCCGCAACGACCUGGUCGGAACGAUGGGAACAUCUACGUUGGAACGACGAGGAACAACAUUUUGGAAGGAUCCCUGCAACGCCGCUUCAACCAGGUUAUCUUUGGUCACGGUAAACAGCUAUGGGCCUUAGCAGCCCAUCCGGAUGACGAGGUAUUCGCAACUGGCGGUCACGAUAAAUAUGUAGCGUUAUGGCGGCGCCACAAGCUUAUUUGGACAUCGUCCGUGGGCUACGAGAUCAUUUCGCUUGCGUUCCAUCCGUACGGAGCAGCAUUAGCUGCCGGUAGUUCUGAAGGACAUCUGGUGGUCAUUAAUGCGGAAAAUGGUGCAACAAUGUUGACGAUCAGAGUCUGCGGUUCCCCACUCAACUGCGUAGAGUUCAAUCAAGUCGGCGACAUGAUUGCCAUCGGAUCACAGAACGGAAGUAUCUACCUCUUCCGGGUGUCGCGAGAUGGGUUCUCGUACAAGAAGAUCAACAAGAUCCGAGGUUCUCAACCGCUAACCCACCUGGACUGGAGUUCCGAAGGCAACUUCCUCCAGACGGUGACGGUAGAUUUUGAUCUGCUCUUCUGGGACGUGAAAUCCCUCUCGCCGGAGAAGAGUCCCAUCGCCAUGAAGGACGUUAAGUGGAUGACCAACAACGCGACGGUUGGCUUCCUGGUGGCCGGCAUGUGGAACAACCGCUACUAUGCUACGCCGGCGAACACCAUCAUCGCUACCACGGCGCGCACCGUGGCGCAGGAUCUGGUCGUCAAUGGCGACAACGAUGGAUACCUCCGCUUGUUCCGCUAUCCGUGCAUCACGCCUCGGGCCGAGUUCACCGAAGCCAAGGUCUACUCAGGAACGUUGGCGUGCGUGAAAUUCCUGCACGGCAACCACAGUCUGGUCACCGUCGGUGGCACCGAUGCUUCCCUCAUGAUCUGGGAGCUCACCGAAGAAUAGCCACUGUGGCCACCGUGGCGUACAGGUGCCGCGCCACAGUCCGCCUCUCCAGAACAAGAACAAACAUCAGCGGACGUCGUCGAAUCCGUGACCGACGAUCAGCGGCCGAGCCAAUUGGGAAACACAGCGGAAACUGCAAACGGUACAGCUGAUCAAUGGGAGGAUCAGGACCGGUCAGUCGAUGGUACCGAGGAGGAUGAACUGGACAACGAAGGAGACGACGAGAGGGAUAACGACGACUCGGACGGUUACGGCGCCGGAUCAAGACUCGGGGAAGGCCUGUACGAGCGGCCCCGGCGUCUACGGUCCCGUUCGUCACGGCGGGCCCCGCCCAGUGUGCGUGCCGUGACAGCCGUCGAACCGUUUCCGACCUCCCCGCUCGAGGACGACGAGCGAACCGUCGAGUACGCCGUCCUGCUGCCGGACUCGUUCGCUGUUCUGGAUUCAUCUUUCUGAAACUUUUGUAAAACACCGUUAGUUUAGUAGUUAGCGUCGGGAUCGCGAACUUCGGGUUGAUUGACGCAGGGUGAUCGAUUGAUGGUUGAUUUUGAAUUGAACAGUGCGUUAAUCAACGUGGAGUUGCCAGCCUGUUUGGGGUAACAAUCUUCCUAAAAAUGAAACUUAAUUUUAGAUGUAGUUAUCGUCGUAGGGUUGGGAAAAAAGUUGAAUGACUAACAGAUUCAAUAUGUAAAGCGGUUUUUCUAAAGCAAAGGUCACAUAAUCCUCACACUGAAUCACUCAUUCACCUUUGAGCACAGUUAUAAGUAAGGUAUGCACACACUUUUAACAAGUGUUUAUUCAGGUCGAACAUUUGGAAAUAUGUAACGGAAACUACGGCCAUUGAAAUGGAUUUUCUGAACACUUAAUCAGCUACAAUCAUCAUCUGUGUAUCAAAUAUUGUUACAACUUCUUCUUCGGAAGAGAGAACAGUGUAAUGUUUUAAAAACGAUAUUUGUAGAACUCGACUCAUGAUUUAUAGCGAAGCUUUCUGGUAAUUUGAUUUCUAUCAUUAUUUCGAUCUCUUUUUUUUCAGAUCCUAGAGUCACCUCUUUGUCGGUGGCUUCAAAGAGAGUGGAAUCGAAAUUGGAUUUACAUGUUCUUUCAAUUAAUGAGGAAAACGCCUUUAAUAUUCUUCGAUCCGCAGAUAAAUAAAUAGUAGAAUUAAACUUAACGUAAUGGGAUUCGGCUUUUCAGUCUCAGUUGUUCAAACAAUAAUGUUUUAACUGCCCAACGAUGAAAUUUCGAACAGGCAUAAACUAUAGUUCUGAAAGCGAUGCAGCGCACCAAAUCCGGUUUUGGAAGCGUCACCUUCUACGAUGAUCUCUCCGGGUUGUGGUGAGUGAGCAAUAGCUCCGAUUGCAGGACGCGCUUGAUGUUGCUGAAUGCGUUUUUACAUUCUUGAUUCCGUACAAACUUGGUGCUGUGACGUCAGUAGGUGUAGGCAUUUUCGAAAUUGUUCCAAUUUUUGUUGGAUCCGGUUGAAUACCUCUAGCACUGAUGGUUCG